GGCCGUGCUGCUGCCGCUGCUGGACCUGCCACCCCCGCCCCAGAGGCUGCUGCUGCUGGUGGACGCGGUGGACGCUGGCGGCGCCCUGGGGGCCAGCGAGUGGCAGCCGGGGGGGCCCAGCACCACCAUCGCCCAGCUGCUGGCCACCCACCACCACCUGCUGCCCCCCUGGCUGCUGCUCGUCUGCUCGGCCCGGCCCCAUGGCAAGGCGCUCGCCCGGAUGUUCGCCGGGUUCCGGCGGAUCUGCCUGGACGACCUGCGGCGGGCGCCGGUGGUGCGGGACGUGCAGCGAUACAUCCUGUGCCGGCUGGAGCAGGAGGAGGGGCUGCGCCGGCGCCUGACCCACGAGACGGCCGAGAUGUUCAACCAGCUGCGCAUUAAGAGCAAUGGGUGCGUUCUGUACCUGGAGCGGGUGCUGGAUGGGGUGGCUGAAGGGUCGGUGGCGCUGCGGGAAAUCCGCCACAUCCCCGGCACGCUCAACGGCCUCUACCUGUGGCUGUGCCAGCGCCUCUUCACCGGCAAGCUCUUCGCCCGCGUGCGGCCGCUACUCAACGUGCUGGUGGCCGCGCCCCGCCCGCUGUGCCCCCACCAGCUCCACAGCACCCUCUGGGCGCGCCAGGCCGGCCCCGGCCCCAGCUGGGAGGAGAUCCAGCGCCAGCUCGAUAGCCUGGCCACGUUGCUGCUGGACGGCCCAGGCGGCACCCGGAUCCUCUUCCACGCCAGCUUCGCCGAGUGGCUGCUGGACGUGAAGUACUGCACCCAGCGCUACCUGUGCAGCGCGGCCGAGGGCCACGGCCUGCUGGCCCUGAGCGCCGCCUGCCGUGGCCCCCAGCUCAGCCCCCGUGAGGUGCACGACCUGGCCCGCCACCUGCUGCGCGCCGACCUGCGCCUGCCGCCCUGCCAGCUGGCACUCUGGAUGGUGUGGCAGGACGUGCCCGUGGCCCACUGCCUGCUGGCCGACCUGCCGACACUGCCGCUGGAGACGGACGUGCUGCAGCUGCUGGUGCUGGCGGGGGCGCGGCUGGGCGAGCGGGAGGCGGGCGCGGGGGCCCUGCUGCACCAGGCCCUGGAGCGGGAGGACUCUGUCCGCAUGCUGCUGGAGAACGGGGCCAGCGCCAACCAGCGGGAUGCCAACGGGCGCACCCUGCUGGCCAGUGCUGCCCACAGCGGCAUCCCCGAGGUGGCCAGCCUGCUGCUGGGCUGGGGCGCCGAGGUGGAGGCGCCCGACCGGCACGGGCAGACCCCGCUGACGCUGGCCGCACUGCAGGGCCACGCUAAGUUCCUGCACUACCUACUCGCCCACGGCGCCAACGUCAACCACGCUGACCGGAGGGGCUGGACGGCGCUGCGCUCGGCCGCCUGGGGCGGGCACGCCGAGGCCGUGGGCACCCUGCUGCGGGCGGGCGCGGAUGUGGACUGGCGGGACGUGGAUGAUCGCACGGCACUGCGGGCAGCCGCCUGGGGGGGGCACGAGGGAAUCGUGCGGACGCUGCUGGCACACGGCGCCCAGGUGAACCGGGCCGACACUGAGGGGCGCACGGCCCUGAUCGCUGCCGCCUACAUGGGGCACCGGGAGAUCACGGAGCUGCUGCUGGCGCACGGCGCUGACAUCGACCACGCCGACGCGGACGGGCACACGGCGCUGUCUCUGGCGGCCCUGUGUGUGCCAGCCAGCUGCGGGCACGCCGACGUGGUGAGCCUGCUGCUGGAGCGCGGGGCGCACGCGGGGCACCGUGACCGACACGGCAUGACCCCGCUGCUGGUGGCCGCCUGCGAGGGCCACACCGAGGUGGCCGAGCUGCUGCUGGAGGGCGGGGCCAACAUGGAGCAGGCGGACGCCGUGGGGCGCACCCCACUGCUGGUGGCUGCCGCCAUGGGGCACAGCACCAUGGUGCAGACCCUGCUGCUGUGGGGCGCGGCUGUAGACGUCAAGGAUGCCCAGGGCUGCACGGCUCUGAGCCUGGCGGCCGCCCAGGGCAACAAGCACGUGGUGCGGGCCCUGCUGGAGCGCGGGCUGGACAAGAACCACCCGGACGCCAUGGGCUGGAGCCCGCUGCACUUGGCUGCCUGUGAGGGGCACGCGGGGGCCUGUGGGGUACUGGCCGAGCAUGGCGCCCGCCUGGACCAGCAGGACCAGGACGGCCGCACCCCCCUCAUCCUGGCAGCCCAGGAGGGCCACGGCGAGUGCGUGCGGCUGCUGCUGGGAAGUGGCUCCCCCGUGGAUCACCGGGACCAUGACGGGCGCAUGGCGCUGGGCGCGGCUGCACUGGGGGGGCACCGGGCCAUGGCCGAGCUGCUGCUGCGCCGCAGAGCUGACCCCAAUCUGCCGGAUGCCGCGGGGCGGCCCCUGGUCUACCUGCUGGUGCUGCAGGGCUGUCAGGACCUGCUGGAGCUGCUCCUGGCGAGUGGCAGCGACCCAGAGGCGCGGGACGCACAGGGGCGCACGGCGCUGCACGUCUCCUGCUGGCAGGGGCGGCUGGAGGCGGCGCGGGCGCUGGUGCACCACGGCGCUGACGUCAACGCGCUGGACACGGAGCAGCGCUCAGCCCUGCACUUGGCCGCCUGGCAGGGCCACGCCAGCACUGUGCGCUUCCUGCUGGAGCGCGGGGCACACGUGGACCAGGCCUGCAGCCAGGGCGCCACAGCGCUGGGCAUCGCUGCCCAGGAGGGCCACGGCGAGGUGGCGUGGGCGCUGCUGGAGAUGGGUGCCGACCCUACCCACACCGACCGGUACGGGCGCACGCCCAGCCAUGUGGCCGCCCGGCGGGGCGAGGCCGCCAUCCUGCGCCUGCUGCAGAGCCACGGGGUGCCCACCGCCACCACCUGCUCCCCACCGGGCGCCUCCGGCCACUCCUGCGCCAGCCCCCCAACCCCCACCGCCCCCAGCCAGGGGCCCGGCUCGGACUCGCCACAGUCCACAGCCGACGCCUCCCUGCACAGCUCCCGCGGCUCCACCUGCCCCUCCCUGGCCACGGCACAGACGGUGCCGGCCGACAGCCCGACCUUCACCCAGCAGCUGCAGCACUCGCUGCCCCGCAGCCGCCCAGCCCCCGCCCCCAAGAGCCCCCAGCCCAGCCUGGCACUGCCCGGAGCCCCAGAGCCGCAGGCAGGCAGCCCGGGGCGGGAGGUGCCAUCCCCCGGGUGGGACCCCAAGCCCAACGGCCUCCUGCCCUGGCAGGAUGGGGGGCCGACAGGGACCCUCUCCCUCCUCUCCCUCGCCACGCUGGACCCCCAGCUGCACCUCAAGCGAGCCGUCAAGCUGCAGUUCGAGGGCCCCACCUGCUGCAACGACCCCAGGAAGGAGACGCCACUGUGA